AACGCCGACCACGUGACCGCUCCUGGACGCCAUCUUGACUCCGGGCGGCCUCGCCCUGAGAUACUUCACUACCCGCUAAUACAGCUCGCUUUGCGCAGGGUAGGCGCUUCCAGGCCCAACCAAAGAUGGUGGCUCGGAGCGCGCGCCCGUCUAGCUCUGUCUCCAUGGUGAUCUCCCCUUGCCAUGCUCCACGCACGCGCCGCCGCGCCCAGCCCGCACCAUGGCGCCGCUGAGCCGUCGCGCCCGGGACUGGCUUUACUCGCUGAUUCUUCUCACCCUUGUAUUACUUUCAUGGGGAUAUGUUAUUUAUGCAACAAGAAUAGCAGCUCAGUGGCAACUUGAGAAGGACUACCCUGAUCAAAUGCUGAAUUUUUAAAGGAAACAUUACAGAUGGACGGCAUCUGGAUUUUCACACCUGAACACAUUUAAAACCAAAUUUGAGGACAGAAAAGAUUAUUUCCAACUAAUGGUUUGAGAAGUUAUGACCUGACCACAUAAUUUAAGUUUAACAGUGGUAGAAGGCUUCAAGAAAGAAAAAAAAUCAAGCUUCCUGCACAAUUAAAGGAUCAACAGAAAUACAGGCAAUGCAUGUUGUGUGACACUGAGUUUUCUUAAUAAAUAAAUAUAGAAAAUGAGCACCAGACUAAAUAGCAGCCAAGGAAGAAAUGUACACCAAGUGUAUGUUCAGUUGGUUUGCAGAAUGUCUUCUCUUUUACAGACUUAAUGUCUUUGGUAAAGAUUUUGUAAUGUUUAAAAUAUGGUACACAUGUUUAAGUCCACUGAUAUGGCAGUAAGUAACAUUAUUUAAAGGUGAUUCAACAUUUUCCUUCAGUUCACGUUAAUAGUAUUUGGCCCUCAAAUAGUCUUAUUCAGCAACAGCUUAUCCAUAGCAACUCUUUCCUAUUAAAAUUGAUUAUGCUAAAGUUUUUCAUUGAUGGAGUAAGCAAGUGUAACUGCAGCAGCCUCAACCGAGUUGUGUUUAGAGGUCUGCAGAUGUGUCUGGCAUCUUGGCUAUGCCUAGUAAAGUGCUAGUCACAGAUGUUAUAGUGACAUAACUCACACUAUCUUCUAGUGAUAUGGUAUGCUGACCUUCAGGAAUAGUUAGGUCGAGGGUGGCUGAGGAAUUUUGGAAUACUGCUAGUCAAUGAAGUGGAUCAAGUAUUUGAAAUAGGGUUAUUUCCUGAAAGGAACAAGUAUUCAUAGAAAUGUGAGUACGAAUAACUAUUUGUCACCGUUUGUUUCUAUUUACUCAUCUUAUUUUGCUGUUGAUUCAUACAAUGAAAGCUAUCAUGUUUUACCAAACCCUCUCAUACAGAUGAUUUUGAAAAAAAGAAUUGUAAGAUUUUGUAGUUUAUAAACUUUACAAUAUUGCUUGAGUGUUCAGAGUUCUGGUAGGACUUCCACAAUAAAUGAAACAGAGGCUAUGUAAACUAAUAUCUUAUUAAAAUUAUUUCUCAAUAA